AUGAUAGAAUUAUUUACAAUAUUUGGCAAAGGUGGUAUUGUACUGUGGUGUUUUCAAGAAGGAAGUCAGUUAUAUAGAGAUACGAUAAAUCAAUUUAUAAAAGAAGUUCUUAUGCAGGAACGCGUAAAUAGUUCAGUUUUCAAGUAUAACAAUGUGAUGAUGAAGUAUAGAUUGGAUAAUGAAUUUGAACUGAUAGUAUAUCAAAGUGCUAUACAAUUAUCGUAUGGUGAUCAACUCUUGACAGAUGUCCAUAGAAAGUUUCGUGAUAUGUAUAAGAACGUCCUUUCAGACAAUAAAUUACUGUUUGGAUAUACAAAUCGAAUGUUUGAUGGUUUCAGAGAGAUAUAUAUGGAGCUACAGAAAUCAUCCUUUGUUAAGCCUGAAAAAAUAAUGCGAAAAUUUGAAGAAAGUGAUAAGUCCAAAAAAACUGUUGCAUCAAUGUUGGAGCGACCAUCUGAUCGAGGCGUUAAACAACAAAUUAAAGAAAAAGAAUUAAAGUCAAAAAUGAUGCAGCAGCAAUUCAGUGGUCAUUCUCCUAUUAAUAUUCAAAAAAACAACAUUAAUGAGAUAGUGGGGUCUCCGCAAUCGUCUCCGAAGGCUGAUUUAGAUGAUGGAGAAAUUCGGCGAAAACGGGCUGAGUUUUUCAAGAAAAAAGGUGGAAAAAAGGCUUCUGAGACAGAAAAAUCAUCCUUGGUUGAUAUAAAGAAGGGAAAAAAGGCACGAACUUGGGGCGUAUUGCAUAAUGGAAAUGUUGCUGAUGCACAGGUUCUAGAUUACAGUGAAACGAAUGAAAAAGCUUCAGUUGUAGAGGAAGAUCGUAAAUUUCUAGAAGAGCAAAAGCAGUUUGUUGGCCAAAUGAAAGGUGAAUUACCAGGCCUUGAUCAGAAUCAAAAUUUGGAUCAGAAUCAGGAAGAAAAUUUGAAUGGGCAAGAUGAAGUAAAAAGUGAAAAUGAUGGAUGGUUUUCAGCUUUUAAAUCUCUUGUUGGUAAUAAAAAACUGACUAGCAAAGAUAUCGGACCUGUCGUAGAUCGUAUGCGGGAAAAUCUAUUUGCGAAAAAUGUUGCAGCGGCAGCUGCGGAAAAAUUGUGUGAUUCUGUGGCUGCAAAAUUGGAAGGAAAAGUAGUCGGAACAUUCAGCCUGGUGACAAGCAUAAUUCGUGAGUCAUUUCGCGAAGCACUUACGCAGAUUCUUACUCCCAAACGCCGUGUAGAUAUCCUUCGUGAUAUUAUUGAAGCAAAAAAUGAAAACAGGCCUUAUGUUGUAAUAUUUUGUGGUGUAAAUGGUGUUGGGAAAUCAACAAAUCUUGCCAAAAUAACGUUUUGGCUUAAUGAGAAUGGUUACUAA